CUCGCGGACGUCUCUUUCCCAUCGCGCAGCCAUUGCGAUGGCCUCAAUAUUCCAGACGUUCCCCUUGUUGCGGAGCGUUGCCCCGCGGCUCACGCGCCGCCUAUUUGUCUAUCGGCCGUGUCUCAAUUCGCCAGUUCCCUCGCCCAUUCGAGCUCCAAGUGCAUCUGCUCCUCAAGUGUCAGUGCUGCAAGCCGUGAGAUGGAAGUCGACAGCAGAAGCCCCGGUGGCGGUGGCCGCUGUAUUGAAGGCCCAAAGUAGCCGCAAAAGCUUCCCGCAGAAGAGCAGCAGGAACUUCUUCCCGAUGGAGAGCAGCAAGAGCGUGGCAUACUGGCUGCUGGGGAGCGCGGCCAGUGUCUUUGGCAUCGUAGUAUUCGGCGGACUGACACGCCUCACCGAGUCUGGACUUAGCAUCACCGAAUGGCGUCCCAUCACCGGCUCGCUCCCACCCAUGAACCAGGACGACUGGGAGAGCGAAUUCGCCAAAUACAGGUCGUCACCCGAGUUUGCCCUCCUCAACGCCAACAUGACGCUCCCCGAGUUCAAACAGAUCUACUUCAUGGAGUGGACCCACCGGCUCUGGGGCAGGGUCAUCGGCGUCACCUUCCUGCUACCCACAGCCUACUUCAUUGCGCGGCGCCGUGUGUCUCGUUCGAUGGCAUGGAAACUCGCAAGCAUCUGCGGCCUGAUCGGAUUCCAGGGCUUCCUCGGCUGGUGGAUGGUGAAGAGCGGGCUACGUGACGACCUCUUCGCUCCGGGAAGCCACCCCCGCGUCAGCCAGUACCGCCUGACGGCCCAUCUGGGUGCCGCCUUCGCUGUCUACUGUUCGAUGCUCCUCUCCGGCCUUUCCAUCCUCAAAGAACGCCGCCUGCUCGCACGCCCAGAAAAGGCUCGCAAGGUAUUAUCACUGCUCAUGAAUCCGAAGCUGCGCCUGUUCCGGUGCUCCGUAGUCGCGCUUGCCCUGCUUGUCUUCGCAACUGCCAUGUCCGGUGCGCUAGUAGCCGGCCUGGACGCCGGCCUCAUCUACAACGAGUUUCCGUACAUGGGCAUCGGCCUGACUCCACCUAAGAAGGAACUCUUUGACCCAUUCUACAGCCACGUCAACGACCACUCUGACCUGUGGUGGCGGAACAUGCUCGAAAACCCCUCGCUUGUCCAACUUGAUCACCGAAUAUUGGCCACCACAACCUUCACAGCCAUCAUGGCCCUGCUCACUUACACUCGGUACUCUAGCACUGUGCGCGCUACGAUUCCCAAGAAUGCGAAGAAAGGCGUCAUGGGAAUGGUACAUCUUGUUUGGAUGCAAGCAGCACUUGGCAUUGGCACUCUCAUCUAUAUGGUUCCUACCUGGUUGGCUGCUGCACACCAAGCCGGAGCUUUGGCACUGCUCACAGGCGCUGUGAUGCUCUACAGUAGGAUUUCGCUUCCUCGACGCGCCAUCAGACGCCGGUUGCUUAAGUCUCCUUCUUUGCAGCAUCAUGCAACGCGACCUCUGCGUGAACGGCUUGGAGCCACAGGCCCAGACCAGACCAGGUAAUGAAACGGGCCGGAAAUAUAUAUCCUGUUGAUAUUACCAUCGAUUCUAGCAAGAGGUUUAAAAGAUAGACUUCACUCUAGUCAUGUUCUGUGUUAUGCUUAUCACACGCUGUAAGUUUAUCAUGAAAUGUACUGAAUCAAUUCUGGGUUACUUUUCCACUCUUUGUUAACUGCUUCCUCCUCAUCUCCUUAUAAGCUUCUAUCGCAAAAUUCUGCGCCCUUUUCACGUAAAGUGCGGCCUCCAGUAACUGCAGAGGACUAGGUCAAGUUAUGGUUGGGGCUGAUAUGGGGACCCUUUGGAUAGGAUCUAAGCAACCUAAGAUAGAACAAUUUGUAGAAUUAUUACACUACCUCUUCUUUUAUAGGCUAAU